AUGAACGAGUGCGAUUUCUUGGCAAUCGCGAAUUCAUGAUUAAUUUCUAAAGUGGGGACAUUAUCGAGUGUGUUGAUUUAUGUGCUUGAACCGAACCGAGAAAUAUCACCGGUGAUACCGGAACUCCUCUUUGGAGUCUGCCCGUAACAAAUUCGCCAUGUCAUACUUGCAAAAUGGCCCCACGAGACGUCCUGCAAGCGAUAAUUUUGACGUUGCCUGUAAGGUUGGUAUAAGAUAAGCAUUCGUACGUUCGGUCGAAAUGUCUGACCGAAAUGACGACAAAUGAAUUGUUUAUUUCAUUCUUGCCGUAAUUGCGAAACAUGUCAGGCUUUGCAACGUUCACUUCAUCCCAGUUGUCGCCUUACGAAUUUUACUCGUGCUAAAGUUCGGUGUAAAUUUCGUCGCUUGAGAUCUGUUACCGAAAACUUAGAUGCAGUCCAAGAUAUUUGGCCAGCUGAUUGUGCUAGCAGUCGUAGAUUUUUCAAAUUUAUUGAUAGUUCAAGUAGAUUAAAGCUCACUAGUCGCUUUUUUACAAAAGGUUUUCUUUUAAAAUGCUCUGCCUUGUGGUAAAAUUUUUAAUGCAUUUACGACCAGUUUAUGACCACCUGAUCAUUACGACUUAAGCCCUACAUUAUAUAUAUAUAUUUUUUAUUUGCAGGUGAUGUUGCUCGGAGAUUCCGGUGUGGGUAAAACAUGCGUCCUUGUGAGGUUCAAAGAUGGUGCUUUUUUAUCAGGCUCGUUUAUUUCUACUGUUGGAAUCGACUACAAGGUGAAGUGAACAGUUAAACACAGCCGUUUUUGUCCUUUUUAACUCAGCAGGUAUUUGCAUAUGAAUUAUCUUCUUGAUUAAUAAUUCCCUUGUAUACGUGUUCGGGCUGUCUUCCUGUUUUUGUAGAAUAAAAUCGUCGACGUGGAAGGAACUAAAGUUAAACUGCAGGUAAGGACACGUUUCAUGUAUAUUUAUGCCGAAAAGUUCCGAUAAUAGAACCUGAUGUUCCCUCGGAUGCAUGCUUGUUUUAAAAUAUUUGUGAGUUAGUAUGGAAUGUUAAAUUUUUGAUUUGUUUAUUUUAUCGCCCACUCCAGACGAAGAAUUCUUAGCAGCAAAGUAGCUUCAAGUAGGGUUAUGAAUAAAUGAAGAAAGAACAUUUAUUUUAAUUUUUUUUUUAUUUUUGGCUUGUAAAUUGGAUGAACUAUCAUUUAAUGAGGUUAAGGUUUUACGCUAAAGGUGAUUAAAAAAAAAUUCAGAAGUUGAUGCCACGUAGUAGUUUUGUGAAACCCUUGCCGGAGAGGACUGCUGUCGGAAGGGGGGUGGAGGGGUAGGGAGUCUAGUGUUAUAUAAUAACAUUCCCAGGGGUUUUGGUAACUUUUUCCUCAAGCAGCUGCAGAUGUUAUUUCAUGUGUCUGUGCCCAAUGAAAGGGCCAUGAGAACUCUUUUCCUCUGCUGGGUCUCAGGAAAUGUUCCCCUAGAAAAAAAUUUGAAACUGAGAAGCUCAGAAAUGUCAUUUCCAGCAUUCUGAGCAUCAAAAAGAGUGUUGUUUUGUUAUAAUUUUCAUCCACACCUCUUUGAUUUGCCUGUCAUUCGCAACCAGUCAGAAUGCUGCUGCUGAAGAAUGUUUGGGAAACCCAAAAAAAGAGAACCUGCUUCCAGGCUAAACAGAUGGUAGGAAGAGGUCUUAUAGGCAGUGGGAGACUGCUAGUAGCCAGUUUUUAUUGAACCCACUGCAUUGUGUGGCAUUUUGUUAUCAUAUUUGUAUUCUAGCCACAAAGAAAGAAUCCCACCAUAUAUCAGUCUUGCUGUUUUGAGUGACUGUACUUAGAACUCUUGCUUAACUUUAAAAAACAGUUUCUCAAACUCUCCUGUUACCAGCUGAAUGGGAAACUUAUGAUUUUCCUUUUGGUUCUGUUUUAUGUGACAAAUUUUAUAGAUAUGGGACACUGCUGGACAAGAGAGGUUUCGUAGCAUAACUCAUGCUUAUUACAGAGACUCCCAAGGUAAUAACACAACUGUUGACUUUUUACAUUCUUUUCCUCAUACUUUCCUGGUGAAAAAACAUUGAGAACUUAUUAGGAUGGGCCAGUAACUUCUGGGGAAGGGGUGGGAGGUAUUCUGUAGAAUUUUUGGUCAGGGUGUGCUUAUAAGUUCUCCAAAUCCAGACCAAUUUCAAACCAGAAGGUGUCUUUUCCAUACCUGCUAUCUAAUAUAGGCUGAGUUGCUCAAAGCUGGUCUGAGAUAACCCAGGGUUAGUUUGCAAUUUAUUUCGGAUCUGAAAGCUUUCAAAGAAAAUUGACUGUAAUUGUUUUUGUUUACAAUUUGAUAAUAUGAUGCUCUUAAAGGAAUAAGGAUGAUUAUCCAAAAAAAAAGGUUUUUGUAUAGAGUAAUAAUGAAACCUGGAUUUAAAUUUAUCCUUGGGUUAGCACUAAUAGGCCUUUGAACUAGUGAGUCGUGGUCUGUAAGAUCUAUAUUCAUUUUAGACCUUCCCUCUGAAAGGUGUGCUCUCUUUUAUUAUGUUAUUAAACUUAGUAUCAGUACUUCAAUCAAGAAUUGAUAAAACUCUGCUAACAGUAAUUAAUGUAUUUUGGUUGCUUCCCUUUCUCUUCUAUUUAUCUGCUGGAGGCAAAAAGAUAAAAAUGCCAAAUAGUCUUGUGGGUUUCCUUAGAAUAAGAUCAGCCUUCCUGAUCUUAUUCUAAGGAAACCCAAAAGACUAUAUACAAGUCAGUAGUUUGUUAGAGAUAAUUGAUGCUUUGUUUGCAUUAUAUAACUCCAAGGUUUGGGAUAACUUACCUGUGACUAUGAAUUAUAAUUUGAUACAAUUGCAGCUCUUUUGUUGCUUUAUGAUGUCACAAGUGAAAGUUCCUUUGAGAAUAUUAGGGUAAGUUUUUAACUCUGUGAACAAUUUUUUCAAAUUCAUAAUUUGCAAGUUGUAAAAGACAAAAUGCCAGCCAAAUGUCACCUUGAAAUAUUAUGGUUUAUUAAUAUACUUAAUGUGUGCCUCUAAACAUGUACAUGUACACUUUGACAUGACCUUCAUAAAGUGAUGAACAAAGAUAGCUGCUUUGUAAAACCCUUUCUACUCUCCUAUUUCAUUAUGAUGUUUUUUUAUCACCACUGGGUUGUAAUUAUUUAGAAUUAUUAAAGCAAAAUUAUAUUCUUCAAAAUCUUAUGCACUGGAAAAAAAACAGUUCCUGCUGUACGUUACAAAUAAGUUUAUUAUUUAAAACCCAAAGAGCCCUCCCAUCUAACCUUCCCAUCCCACUGACAAAAAUGGUAUGACCCCCCUUAAAAAAUCCCAAGGUUGUAAAUUUAAAUGUAAAGAAUUCCUUAGCACAACCCAAUCUGAAGAAACUUCCCUAAACCUUCUUAGAGGGUUGAAAACCAUCUUUUUUAGAUAAUUUGGUCCAUCAACAUAGUUGAUAACGUUAAUUGGCCACCAUAAAGAGUUUCAAAGCUGCCAUUUGAGUGUUAGCCCUUCAUCAGGGUGACACAUUUGCUCUUGCAAAGGGCUAACACUCAAAACCACAGCUUUGAAAUUAUAUACAGUGGCCAAUUUAUAUCAUCAACUAUACAACAAAAUCAUCUUGUUAUACUCCCCACUGAGGCAGCACCACAGUUUCCUUAGAAUAUUACCCCCUUUAUACAUAUAUCUUUUUGGAGGUUCUUCAGAUGCAGGUAAAUUAUCUUUGUCAGUUGUGAACCUGACAUCUAUAGUUGAUGGGAUGAUUCUUAAAAAGAAUACUUAGUUCACAUUUUCCUAUUAUUUUGUAUCCAGGCAUGGCUGGCUGAGAUCUAUGAGUAUGCCUCAUCAGAUGUAAUAAUAAUGUUGUUAGGGAACAAGGUAAAUGAAGAACAAGAUAAAGUUAAUUUGAUCAGGAGAAGAACACACCAUGAUCCUUGAUCUGUAUCUUCCUUCUAUUUUACCGUGCUUACUGGUAGUCUUAAGAGAAUUUUGUUCCUCCACUUGUGCUUCCUUAGCUUUGUUUGUUUUAUUUUCCCACUUUUUAAAUUACUAAUUACAACUGUUACAGUGCUUUUUUCCUAUUGUUAGUUAAGUCAAAGAAUACUUGAAUUUUAUUUGUUUCAUUCAUUUACUACUGUAACACUUUUGGUAUCACCUUAGUGAUAAGGAUACUAUGUGUCACACUUUUUGUAGACCUCUUAUCAGACAGGUUUAAUUUUUAUACUGUUCCAAUCUCAUUGGUAGAUUUUGGUCCACUUACUAGUUUCAAUAAUAAAAAAAAUGAUCUGUUGACUAAGUUUGAUAGCAGCAUACUCCAUAAUUAUUUAUGGCCUGUUUUUGAAGAUAUAAUAUUGGUGAUGUAUGUUUUUUUUUUUUGUUUGUUUGUUUGUUUUUCAAAAAUUUCUUGCUUCAACUAGGCUGAUCUGAACAAGGAGAGAGUUGUUAGCAGGGAACAAGGGGAAAAACUUGCCAAGGUCUGUUAUCUCAAUUCUGUUUUACCUCUUUAUUUACUCAUUUACAUGGUUCUCUACAAUUAUAGUAACAUUGUAACUGUUUGAGGGGGUAAAAAUAUUUUGCAUGGAUCAGAACAGUGAUUAAAGAAUAUUAUGAGGAGAAUAUUAAAUGAAUGAAUGAAUGAAUGAAUGAAUGAAUGAAUGAAUGUGUAUUUAUAUACCGCACAUAUCACAUACUGUCUCAAGGCGGUUUACAAUUCUAAUUGAGUGAGAUCGAACGUCAGCUUGUAAAGGCGUCUCUGGCUGCCGCUAUCAGUCCAUAUUUGAUCUCACUCACCCACCCAGAUAGACCACCACACCAGGAACUACGCCCCCUACUCUUUUCGUGUGUGGGUUCUUUAACGUCCCCUGCUGAAAAUAAACUGAAAUGAAGGAGGAAUUUAUAGUCCUUAUCCGAGAAGACUUGAAUGUCUAACCAUUUGCUGGUACAAUUACAAAGGCAGCACAUUCUCCUCAGUUAUUUUAAAAUGGUUUUAUGGGGCCAAUCACCUCCUGCACAGCAGAUUUGAAUUAUUUUAUAAAGAAUAUUAUGUUGAAAAAAAUAGAUAAAUAAAUAGAAGCAAUUCUCAGUUUUGGUGUAGAAGGGGGAAUCUCUUAAUAAAAAAUUUCAUUAUUUCUCACUAUACUGUAAUUAAUUUUCCUCAUUACUCAGGACCAUAAUGUAGCAUUUAUGGAAACAAGUGCAAAGAGUGGACUGAAUGUUGACUUAGCGUUCAUGGCUGUUGCCAGGUAAGGGAUGAAAAAAAAGAGUAGAUUUUUUUUUUGUGUGUACAAUUACAAAUUUGCUUAAUAGAUGUGAGUCUUAACCAUGAACACCCCAACAUCAGUAUGCAUAUUCUCCAUACUGUUCUCCAUACAUUUUCUGUGGUGCUGACAAGGAGAAUUUGUUUAACAUUUAAGAGCUUCUUUAGUUGGUGACCAUUUCCUCUUUUCUUGUGACCUCAAUGUUUGAUUCAGGGCUGAUAUUAAAUGCUAGUCACUCUUGGAGGGUUCAAGGGCUCAUGUAAGCAUCGCUUUAUAGCAAACUUGUUGGUUGAGCAAAAAUUGUCAUCAAAUAUGUAAAGAAGUACAUUGUAAUAUCUCUUCAGAGACAUGAAACACAGAAAUCUCAAGAGGCCGUCUGAACCAAAGUUCAACAUUGAGCAGUAUGUAGAGUCACAAAGAGAAAAACCUGGUUGCUGUUCUUGACACUGGAAACAAGGAUCUUGGGUUAAAAAGUUGAAUCAAAUGUAAUUAAAAGUAAUCCAUUAGAAUAAAACUAUCUUUGAAAUCAUAGCAAAAGUAAUGUUUGAUAUAAUGACAUGUGGUGUUAAAUGUUAAAAAAAGUUUAAGGAGUAGCACCAAAUUUUAGCAUUUCUGGAAAGGUAAACAGGGUUGCGUAUGCUAGAAGUGCCUUAUAGCAUUUCUUUUGUUGAAUUUUUAGUUCUCAUUACCAUAGUCUGUUGUGAUAUUAAUAAUACUGGAAACUGGGUAAAUUUCUGAGGAGUUUUCUCCCCUAUUUAUUGAUAGUUGUUAAUUUUAUUUACCACAGAUGGAAUUGUCCUUUUAGUGGCAAAAUAAGUAGGGCUAGAGUAGUGAAAGUAAGGAAAUAUUUUUACUAUCAGUAGUGUCAAAUGGCUUGUUGUAACAGUACAACUAAGUUAUGUGUAUCUUUUUUAUUUAUAUUGGUUCCUGAAAUUUUUGUGAACAUUCAACGAAGGUUAUAUUGAAUGAGAAAUUCCACCCAUGUGGGAGAGUUGAAGUAAGUAAAUGAAGAUCCCUUGGAAACAUUUAGUAAAUGGUGCAUAAGCUACAUAACUUUAUAAAAUUGUGAGAUGUUAAUAGCGGUAAGUAAUGAAUGUCAACCCCCCACUUUUACAGCACUCUUGGUGGAAAAAUCUCAGUGUGCAGUUUCAAAUGUGUCACGGGAAUUUCACAGGGUCUGGGGUUUUCUAAACCAAAAUUUAUAUAUUCUCUUAUGUAAUACAUGUUUACCUGUUAGGACUUUCCAUAAAAAAAAAGAAACAGAGGAAGAGUCCUUACUGGAAUAUACCUUAGCUACAUUGUAGAUGUAAAGAAUAAUAUUUUCCCUCUUUCCUGGGGUCACAAUGUA